AUGUUUUCUUACCUCUUUUCAAACCCUUUAAAAUUCAUUACCUACCUUUUCUUUAUUUUCUUUAUAAAUUUAAAUGUUAGAAUCUUUACACAUUUGAGACUAUUACCCUUUGUUUCUAGUUUAAGUUUUAGGGCUCAUAGGAUUCCACAUCUAAUCGGUCAAGAAUCCUUAAAAUCACACAUUCUUCUAGAGCCUUUAACUUCGCAAAACUUUCUGGAACCAAACAUAAUUUAUAACGCAUUUGAUUCAAAUAAUGAUAAAUUAUCAAAUGGAAUAUAUAAAUGGAAUCUGAGAUCAAACACACUGGCCUUUAUAAGGAGUAAAUGCGAAAAUGAGUCUAAUCCAGCGUACAGGUAUAGAAUUUAUAGUGACAUUUUAAUGCCCGGAGAAGAUGACCAUAAAAUGCUUAAGGAUUUGUAUUUGAAUAGAGAAACGAUAUUUGAUGACUCUCUGGGCAAGAAAUGUAAUUUGUAUAGAUACUUUAAUAUAACCAAAGAUAACAUUAAGGAGCAUUUGGAUUCAACAAUGGAGGAGUUCUUUGAAAACAGAAGGAAGAAAAGUGAGAAGUCUGUGUACGUAAUUGAUGGAAACGCAUUUAAUGGCGAAUAUGACUGUGAUUUACCCUUACCCAGAUCAAUGACAAGUUAUAAAAUACCUGAACUUGGCACUGAUCCCAUAGUACCAAUGGGUAGUCAAGAAACUAAUAUUGAACCUAAAUUUGAUAAUGAAGUUUUAAAUUCCAUAUAUCAAAUGAUUAAACCCAAAAAUAAUAUUAAUGAAAUAAAUAAUAAUGAUGAAGAUGGAAAAAAUUCAAAAAUAGUGAAUGAGGAGGAAGAUUUGGCUGAGUUAUAUGAUGAAGUUGGUGAUAACGAUUAUGAAAUUUUCGAUGAUCAUAAACUUUAUACUAGGGAGUUUUUUCAGGAUUUAAAAAUUAGAUCGGAUGAGGAAACUAAAAGAGAUAGAGAACUUUUACAUAGAGUAAUGAUCCAGCCGACGGUGUUUCCGAGUUAUAUUGACCCAGAAAAUCCAGUACAUAGAACAGGAAGGAGAAGAGAAAUACAAAGAAAAAGAGAUUCAGGAAGACUACAAAGAUUACGCUGGAAGAUGGAUGUUGAUCACAAAGAUGAUAUUGUCAGAGGUGAAUGGGAUAAAGGAGACGAUAUAACAAAGGAAUUUAAUGACUCUAUUGAAUGGGAACAAUUAAUGCCUAAGCAUCAAGAUAACAAUUAUUUCAAAAGAAAUUAUUAUGAGGGUGGAUUUGGAGAUGAGGAUAGGACUGUGGAUAGUUUUUUUGAUGUCCAGUUCAUAGGCUCAACUGACGCAUAUCCAUUUGCAGUUUCUGCAGGAAUGCAAUUUACAUGGCCAAUUUACUGGGUCCCAUGGCUUUGUAAGAAGAACCCUAAGAUGAGAGGACAACCAAUUAGAUCACAAGUUUUCAAUUUGGGUGGAGUAGAACCUUUACAAUUAUGGUUUUAUCCUGAAGGAAGUGCAAAUUCACUUGAUGGAUACUGCUCACUGAAAUUAGUAUCACCACCGGGAUGGAAUCUACCAUAUCGGAUCUACAUGUACAUUUUUAGCGAAUAUAAUCGAGUGGUUUUGGGACCAAUGUAUAGAGAAUCUUCUGAAUACGUUACACAUUCAAUUAAUACAUGCAAAUUAAUAUCAAAGAAUAAAGAAAUCGUGAAGAAUGCUGAAAAUUAUAAAGAUUAUGUAAUUCUAGGACCGUCUGGAAAUGUUUAUGUGGGAGUUGGAGUUGUUGACGAACCAGUUAGAAAACGGGAAAAGGGAGGAAAGAAAUUUGAAUUUAAAUAUGACUGGGAUGAAGGAGACUAUGACUUCAACCAAUGGCUAAAGAAACAAACGUCAGAUCCUGAUGAUCCAUUCACAAUGAAAACUAUAGAAAAGGAUCGGACACAUUCAAUUUGGUACGAAUCGCACAAAUACAGACAUGUACCGGAUCGCCAUAUAUCAAGAUACUGGAAAACUAGAUACAAAGAAGAUGUUUUAUGGAAUCCACCAGAUUUCAGCUAA